AGUGGCUGUUCAACGAUUCUAAAGUCAUUUACUUUACCAUUUGAUCUCUUGCUCUGUUUCACUGUGCGUGAUCGGGAAGAAGAAAAAUGUUGGCGAUUUUCGACAAGAACGUAGCGAAAACACCUGAGGCUCUGCAGAGUCAAGAGGGUGGAUCUGUUUGUGCGCUUAAAGAUAGGUUCUUGCCAAACCAUUUCUCCUCUGUUUAUCCUGACGCUGUCACCAUCAAUCUUGGAUCUUCUGGUUUCAUUGCUUGUUCUCUCGAGAAACAGAACCCUCUUCUUCCCAGAUUGUUUGCUGUGGUGGAUGAUAUGUUCUGCAUUUUCCAAGGACAUAUAGAGAACGUUCCAAUUCUUAAGCAACAAUAUGGACUAACCAAAACAGCUACAGAGGUUACCAUUGUGAUUGAAGCCUAUAGAACUCUAAGAGAUCGUGGUCCGUAUUCUGCUGACCAAGUUGUUAGAGAUUUUCAAGGCAAAUUCGCGUUUAUGCUCUAUGACUGCACCACACAAAAUGUCUUCCUUGCUGGGGAUGUGGAUGGGAGUGUUCCUCUCUACUGGGGUACCGAUGCUGAAGGCCAUCUCGUUGUUUCUGAUGAUGUUGAGACUGUGAAGAAGGGUUGUGGUAGAUCCUUUGCGCCAUUCCCUAAAGGAUGUUUCUUUACCUCAUCUGGAGGAUUGAGGAGCUAUGAGCAUCCAUCAAACGAGUUAAAGCCGGUACCAAGGGUAGACAGUUCAGGUGAGGUUUGCGGUGUAACUUUUAAAGUGGAUUCCGAGGCCAAGAAAGAAGCGAUGCCUAGGGUUGGGAGUGUCCAGAAUUGGUCUAAACAAAUCUGAGGCUAAUAUGUUGAACUAGCUGAAAAAAGCUUGUUUGGUUUUUUUACUUGUUGGACUCAUGUGGCUGUGUUCCACAGAUUUACUCUUUUCAUGAUAUUCUCACUGUAGCCAUUCUAAGGACUAAUGGUGGUCUUAUUGCUCUGUACCUGUACUUGGUAACA